UAUAUGCUAGUUGCACCACAUUUAUGCACUGCCCCAUCACUUUCUUCAUUCAACGAGAUAAUCUUGGAGAUGAUUUUUAGAUGCAGCCAAUAAAAUUGAUUGGUCGAUAAUCACUAAUCAGUAGAGGAUCUUUAAUUUUAGGGACUAAGAAUAAAGUAAUAAAUGGAUUUUAAUGAAUAAGUCCAUGUUUAAUGUUAUUAUUUUGUUAAUGAAACGUGUUAGAAUUAAGUAAUUCAAUUUGAGGGAAGCUGAUUGGAAGUCUGCAUAUCAAUUAAUGUAGAAACAGAGUUGACGAAGACACAAUCGCCUCGACCAUAAACACCCCUAUUUCCUCGUUUUUUUCCACCCAUUUUUUCUUCAAUCCCAACUGCAAACCACAGGAUUCAACACGCUUCUGUGAAUGAAGAUCAACACCGACGAAGCCCACGGGAGAGCAGGGACGACGACCGGCUCUGCGUCAUCGCCGGUUAAUCUUCUCUUCAGUCCUUCUUCACUCCUAGAUGCCUCGUACGAACACUCCAAUUUCUCUACUACAGGGACUGAAGAUGGAGAUCUGGAGAAAAGCUGUCGAACUAAGAAACAUCCCCGCAGAAAAACCUGUAGCUUCGCGUACAGAGUUCGAGAUCACGUGAAGAUGGGGCCAAAAUUUUCAGAAACAGUGAAGGGGAAGCUAAGAUUAGGAGCCAAAAUCAUACAAAAAGGAGGAAGAGAAAACAUAUUCAAGGAAGUAUUUGGGGAAAUCGAAGGAGAGAAGCUGUUGAAAGCUUCUCAAUGUUACUUAUCAACCACCGCAGGUCCAAUCGCCGGAAUACUCUUCAUCUCUACUCAAAAGAUAGCUUUCUACAGCGACAGAUCCAUCGCAUUGCCUUCACCAAAUGGCGACCCCAUUCGAAAGCCUUACAAGGUAUUGGUUCCAGUGAACAAGAUUAAAGAAGCGAAUGAGAGUGAGAAUGUGGAGAACCCUGCACAAAAAUACAUACAAAUGGUGACAGAUGAUGGUUUUGAAUUUUGGUUUAUGGGUUUUGUACGUUUUGAGAAAGCAUUUCGUAAUCUUAAAAAGGCGCUUUCUUUUGUUGCAAAGUUUGGAAGUUGUUAA